AUGUAUAACGUUGCUUCAUUGAUGUCAUCAUCACCUAUUCGUAUUGUUCCAACAAAUCGUCGUCAUAUAUCUUUAUGUUCUGUAUGUGGUGAUAAAGCAAGUGGAAAACAUUAUGGUGUUAUGAGUUGUGAUGGUUGUCGAGGAUUUUUUAAACGAAGUGUUCGACGUAAAAUAGAAUAUAAAUGUAAAGGUGAUUCAACAUGUCAAGUUGAUGUCAAUCGACGAAAUCAAUGUCAAGCAUGCCGUUUUCAACGUUGUUUAGCUGUUAAAAUGAAACCUAAUGCUGUACAAAAUGAACGAGUACCACGUCAUGGAUCUAAACGAGUAAUAUCAACUCCUUCACUUUCUCGAGUACAAUGUUGGACACCACCAGCUGUCGGGUAUGUAGCAGAGUCACUAAAAGUGACUAUGCCAUUUGGUUUUCGAAAUCUACCUAUAAAUAAUACAUCAUCACCAAUAUGGUCUACAUCUCAAAUGUUUCUACCACAACAAUCUUUUAAUGUAUCUAAAUGUAGUACAUCAUCGGAUCCAGUUUCAUCUGAUGUUUCAAAUAAUGAUGAAACACAAAUAUCAUUUAAUGAUGAAAAUUCAUCAAGAAUUAUAUGUGAAAUAGCUUCAUUUGUUUUACUUGAAUCAAUACGUUGGCUUUAUUUAGUACCAUCAUUUAAAGAAUUAAAUGAAUAUGAUCAAUUAAUAUUAAUUGAACAAUCAUGGUCAUUAUUAUUUAUUUUAACAUCAGCUGAGAUGAAAAAAUUUCUUGAUCAAAAUGACAUAGAUUCAUAUGAUGAUGAUAAUCAAUAUCUAUUAUUUCAAUCAAUAAUUAAAGAAUUUAUUAUUCAUUCGAUUGAUCAAACAGAAUAUACACUUCUUAAAUUAAUAGUUAUUUUUAAUAAUUCAAAACAUUAUGAACUUCAUGAUCAUUUAAAGAUUGAUAAAUAUCAUAAAGAUGCUUUAUUUAUGUUGAAUGAAUAUACAAAAAAUUCAAAAUUUCGUCGUUUUGCUGAACUUCUUAUGUUAUUAUCAAAUAUUCAAGAAAAAAUAAUUCAAAUUAAUUUAGAUAAAAUCUUUUUUCAACAUUUAAUCAAUCGUAUAUCAAUGAAAAAUUUAUUACAUAAUAUUAUUCGUCAUCUUACAACAUUUAUUAAAUAG